AUUUAGCCUCACCACCAAAUUAGCCUCAAUACCUCACUUGGUUUCCACCCCCUGCAAUCCUGAAAGCUCUCCCCAAACAGUACCAACAAGACUCAGCUGAGGCUCUGAUUCACAGAAGCUCAAAGAAGCUCUCAAAAUGACAGAGGCAGUGAUAAGAAACAAGCCAGGGAUGGCGAGCGUCAAGGACAUGCCGGUUCUCCAGGACGGUCCGCCGCCGGGUGGGUUCGCUCCGGUCCGAUACGCUCGUCGGAUCCCCAACAAGGGUCCCAGCGCAGUGGCUAUUUUCUUGGCUGCCUUUGGUACCUUCUCUUGGGGCAUGUACGAGGUCGGCAAGGGCAACAAGAUCCGAAGGGCCAUUAAGGCUGAAAAGUAUGCUGCUCGCAGAGCAAUACUCCCUGUGCUUCAAGCUGAAGAAGAUGAAAGAUUUGUCAAAGAGUGGAAAAAGUACCUUGAUUAUGAGGCUGAAGUUAUGAAGGACGUGCCUAAUUGGAAAGUUGGUGCGAGUGUCUACAACUCUGGGAAAUGGAUGCCCCCAGCAACUGGUGAGUUGCGCCCCGAAGUUUGGUGAUACUUUUCAACUGCAGUUAUGUCUGUAGUUCGCUCUAUUUGGUUUGUUCACUUAUGCAUGUUGUCUUUGGUGCAAUGUCAUAGCCCUGUUAUUGUGAAAUAAAAUUGCUGCAGAAAACCUCUUUUACAUGUUUUCUAAUACUACAAACAGUAAUUGACUUUUUUUUAUCCCCUUAAUAUUAUUAUCUUCUUCUUCAUUAUCCA